UCUUCUCGUGUUUCUCCGAGCUGAAACUUUUUGCUGCUUUUGUUCGGAAGUUUCUGUGUAGCUUUAAACCGGGAAUACCGGGAACACCGAGGAUACUGGGACACAGCAGGACGACAGAGCUCUCACCGUCGAGAGGAGCAUGAUAUGAACUGGGUAUUCCUAUGAUUUUCUUCGGGAGAUCCACUGACCCCUCUCCUCUUUCUAAUCCGCCUCUCGGAGACUCUUUCUCGGCCUCGGAGGCCGCCGCGCCCCGCUCCUCUUCUCCGGAGCAUAGACUAAUAUUUAAGAAGAACCAGAUGUGAGAGGAUUACCGGGAGUUUACCCGCUCUGCCCCCGCUUUCAAUCACCCUUUGGGGAGUCUUUCCUUCUGGCCUGCGUUCUGGAAGAGUUACUCCAUGAGGCUCCUCUCAGCCCGCUGAGCACCGCCUCUCUGCCCGGAGAGGAGACGCUGUUCCCGGGGAGAUGGAGGCUGAGAACCUGGCCUCCUGCUCCGGGCUGAGGCUGCUGCCGCUGCUGGUGCUCUGCUGCUGGGCAGAGGAAGCCUCUCACCUGUCUCUCUCUCAGAGGUGUUGAUGAACACUAAGUUGGAGACUUCUGAUCUCCACUGGACCAAUCACCCGGCAGAGGAUCCUCAGUGGGACGAGGUGAGUGGAGUGGACGACGAGCAGAACAGCGUCCGGAUCCACGAGAUCUGCACCCCCGACAGCCCAGACUCCUAUUGGCUGAGGACGCGCUGGAUCCCCCGGGGGGCGGCAACCACACUCUAUGUGGAGAUCCGCUUCACCAUGAUGGAGUGCUCCUCUCUGGACCGCCGGCACUGUAAGGAAACGUUCACCGUGUUCCUGUUGGAGUCGGACGUGGACUCAGCGAGCGCGUCCCGCCCCCCCUGGAUGGAGAACCCGUACAGGAAGCUGUCCACGGUGGCGGCGGAUCACCUGCGGCGGCGCGGCGGCGGCGAGAAGUGGAGCAACGUGAAGCAGCUGAGGCUGGGGCCGCUGGGGGGGGCGGGGCUGUACCUGGCCUUCCAGUCUCAGGGUGCCUGCAUGGCGCUGCUGGCCGUCAGGGUGUUCUACAGGAAGUGCCCCCCCCUCCGACGCGCCUUCGCCUCCUUCCCCGAAACCAUUCCUCACUCACUGGUGGAGCAGGCUCAGGGUGUGUGUGUGGAGAACGCAGUGACUCCGCCCGGCGAGCAUUCGCGUCCUCCCAGCAUGCUUUGCGGCGAGGACGGUCAGUGGGUGGGGCAGCCGACCUCGAACUGCUCCUGUCGUCCCGGUUACGAGACGGAGGGGAACGACGUGCGCUGCAGGGCGUGUCCUGUGGUGCAGUUUAAGGCAGGCUCGGGGCCGGAGGGGUGCAGCCCUUGUCCAGCCAAUAGCAACACUCUGAUCCCAGGCUCCGCCUACUGCCUCUGUCACCAUGGUUACUACCGAGCAGACUCCGACCCCCCCAACGCCCCCUGCACACGCCCCCCCUUGGCCCCCCGCCUCAUCAUCAGUCAGACCAACGAGUCGUCUCUGAGUCUGGAGUGGAGCGAACCACUGGAGCGGGGGGGGCGAGCAGACCUCUCCUACAGGGUGCUCUGCUCCCUCUGCACCCCCCCCAACACCCAGGUAUUGCUCGGCUCCUGCUCCCCCUGUGAUGACAGCGUGUUGUACCGGCCGGCUCAGAGCGGCCUGACUCAGCGCAGAGUCAUCGUUUGGGGGCUCCGCCCACAUUCCAAUUACGUUUUCACCGUCCAAUCCCUGAACGGCGUCUCCGCUCUCAGCCAAUCGGAGCCGGCCUCUGGAUCAGUGAACGUCAGCACCAGCAAAGACGUGCCCCCCCCUGUGUCUGGCCUACUGCGUGCAGCAGCCUCAGAGUCCAGUCUGUCUUUGGAGUGGAGCAACCAGAACCAGAACCAGAACCCAGUGCUGGACUACCAGCUGCGUUACAGCCUCAAGGAGGACGCUGAAGGGGGGGGGCAGUGGCAGUACGUGUCCUGCAGCUCUUCGUCGGUGGUCUUGUCCGGGCUGCAGCGGGGGGGUCGAUACCUGCUGCAGGUCCGAGCCAGAUCCCAGGCCGGGUUCGGAGCCUUCAGUGCUGCCAGCGUCUUCAGCACGCUGCCCGAUGGUCCCUCGCAGCCCGUAGUGACCGGAGUCCUCGUCGCCAUGGGGAUCCUGCUACUCAUCGCUAUGGUGACCGUGGCUGUGUUUUGUUGCCGCAGGAAGUCUCUCUCCUCAGUGAUCAGUGAGACUCAUUACCAGAUGGGACAUACGAUGAAGGUGUACAUCGACCCCUUCACGUACGAAGACCCUAACGAGGCAGUGAGAGAGUUCGCUAAGGAGAUCGAGGCGUCCUUCGUGAAGAUCGAGGAGGUCAUCGGAGCCGGUGAGUUCGGGGAGGUCUGCCGCGGCCGGCUCCGGUUGCCGGGCAGAAAGGAGAACUACGUGGCGAUAAAGACUCUGAAGGGCGGGUUCACGGAGAAGCAGAGGCGGGACUUCCUGUCGGAGGCGUCAAUCAUGGGUCAGUUCCAGCAUCCCAACAUCAUCCACCUGGAGGGGGUCAUCACCACUUCCUGUCCCGUCAUGAUCCUCACCGAGUUCAUGGAGAACGGGGCGCUGGACAGCUUUCUCAGGAUGAACGACGGGCAGUUCACCCCCAUCCAGCUGGUGGGCAUGCUGCGGGGGAUCGCUGCUGGGAUGAAGUACCUGUCCGACAUGAGCUUCGUCCACAGAGACCUGGCAGCCCGGAACAUCCUGGUGAACGCCAACCUGGUCUGUAAGGUGUCGGACUUCGGGCUCAGCCGGUUCCUGACGGAGAACUCGUCCGACCCGACGUACACCAGCUCUCUGGGAGGAAAGAUCCCCAUCCGCUGGACGGCGCCUGAAGCCAUCGCCUACAGGAAGUUCACGUCGGCCAGCGAUGGGUGGAGCUACGGGAUCGUCAUGUGGGAGGUGAUGUCAUACGGGGAGCGGCCGUACUGGGACAUGAGCAACCAGGACGUGAUCAACGCCAUCGAGCAGGAUUACCGGCUACCCCCACCCCCGGACUGCCCCCCCUCCCUGCAUGCUCUGAUGCUGGACUGCUGGCAGAAGGAACGAGCCAAUCGGCCGAGGUUCUGUGAUGUGGUGGCCUCGCUCGAUAGGUUGAUCCGAAACCCCGCCUCCCUGAAGGCCACGAGCGCCGAGGGAGUCAGUGUGUCUCACCCCCUGUUGGACCAGCGUACCCCCCCCCCUCUCUCGGCCUGUGCCUCGGUCUCUGAGUGGCUGCGGGCGAUAAAGAUGGAGCGUUACGAGGCCAGCUUCCUGUCGGCCGGACUCUCCAGCCUGGACGUGGUCUCGCAGCUGGACACAGAGGAUCUGCUCAGAGUGGGCGUGACCCUCGCCGGGCACCAGAAGAAGAUCCUCUCCUCCAUCCAGACACUCAGGAUACAGAAAGCCCCGCCCACUCUGCUCCACUGACCAACCACUACACUCAGGACGCUGAGCCCGCCCUCUUUUUAACUGACUUUACACCAAUCAGAGAGCCCCUCGUGAUGGUCGGACUGUGACGUUUAAGAAGCACAAAAUAAAACACUAAAUAUGAAAGUACGGUUACAAAGGUGCAACAGGACUCCGCCCACCUUGCUCCUCCGACCAAUCAGAGAGGAGGACAGAUCCUGUGUCCUGCAGUAGGGCUGCUCAUAGGGGACACUCACCCACAGUACAGGACUGCAGUAUAAAAGUGAGGAAUACCCCCGCCCCCGCCCACCGCUCAGGUAAAAACCAAAGCUCCUCACACCCCAACCCUCCCAGCCAAUCAGCAUCAAGCAACUGUUCUGACCGCCUCAUCCCAACACUUUGACUACAAGCACGACGGACGCUCUACAGACCGGCUGCUGCCAUGACGACUGCACAGACUUUUAGUGAACUGAGGAUACCUCCCAACACUCCUUUGGGAAUAUUAUGGGAUUCUAACCCAGGCGAUUUCAAGGAACGUUGGGAAAACACUUCAUUAAAAUGGUAAUGUUAUCUGAAAGGAGUUCCAGGCCCUCGGCAGGAUUCAAAGAGCCGUGUGGGAUCCUGUUGUGGUCAGAGUCCAGCGUCAAAACUCUCCUAAAUCUGAGAGGAGUAUUCUGGGAUGGCCUCAGGAAACAGCGGUGAACCUUUUCAGGAAAUCUCUGGGAAUCCUUGAGAUUCCCCAAACUUUAGUGGAAAUCUUUCGCCAGCAUUGAUGAUUCCUCAGGGAUCCUCUCCCCUCCGACGUUGGGGAACAUCAGGAAGACUUUGGGAAUGUUAGCCUGAAGGUCGACUGGUUUCUCUAUUGGAGGAUCUUCUCAUGGUCCCUGGAGUCCGCUUCAGAUGAAACACUAAUCUCUAAACUGCAUGACUCGCUCCUCUCCAAAGAUCCAAACACUCCCAAAGCUCCUAUGGACGUUUGAACCUUGUGGGACCCCUCCCUGCGGAGGGGGCUUUAGAGGACCUUCAUGAAACCGAUGUCUGAUGUCUUCAGAGUUUCCACUCUGACGUUACGCAACGUUUUGUAAAACUGAUUUUGUAUUUUAGCACUUUCUUUAUACCUGAUAUCAUGUUUCAGAGAUCAACGUUUUACACUAAAGUCGUUUCCUUUUUGUAAAAAUAAUCAAAAGCGAUUUGUCCUAUAUUUCAAAUCUCUGGGACGGAGGUUCAGGACCAAAGAUCGUCCUGCGCAUAAUCAAAACGUCUGGAGAUCUGAAACUGUGCUGUUGGAGGUGUUGUCUUUUUGGUCCGGGGUUGGCUUAGCAUUAGUGUUAGCUAAUGGGAAUGUCAUGAACCUUUUUGUUGUUGACUAAAUCUAACGUGGGAGUUCUGAAUACCACCAGUGAGACGCUUCUCCAGUUUCUCAGAUUUUACAUAUCUGGAGAUCGAGUCAGUCGGUUGAUGUCCGACUUCAAGGCUCUUCCCUCAUUGGUCCACUGAGCUGUCAGUCAAGCCUUUAACGAGCCAAUAGCAGCAGACUGCCGCAGUGAUGUCAUCAGUGAGGUGAUCAUGUGACCACAACUUCUCUGCCUUUCCAUGAAUGUAAGUGUUAUUGUUGAUAUUUAGCAGAAUGUCCGCAGCCAAUCACAAUAAAGAUGAACCGUCCUGACCAA